GUGUUCCUUCACAGACUGGCCAAAGCCACAGGGAAAAUGGUGGAAAAUUCACCAUCGCCAUUGCUAGAAAGAGCGAUUUAUGGCUUUGUUCUUUUUUUAAGCUCCCAGUUUGGCUUCAUACUUUAUCUUAUGUGGGCUUUUAUUCCUGAAUCUUGGCUAAACACCUUAGGCUUAACCUAUUGGCCUCAAAAAUAUUGGGCAGUCGCAUUGCCUGUCUACCUCUUUAUUACUAUAGGAAUUGGUUAUGUACUCUUAUUUGGAAUUAACAUGAUGAGUACUUCUCCCCUCAACUCGAUUCAUCUGAUCACAGAUAACUAUUCUAAAAAUCAACAACAGAAGAAAUACCAAGAAGAAGCCAUCCCAGCAUUAAGAGAUAUUCCUAUUAGUAAAGUAAACCAAAUGUUCUUUCUCACAGCCGAAGAACUUUACACCAGAAACUGA